UACUAGAUGUUUUGAAAUGUGUCUUUAUCGUAUAUAAUUAGGGUAUUCUGCGUGCUGUUUGUUACUUUAUUUUAUUUUAUUUCAGCUGGUUACAAACAAAGCCAGUACACUAAUCUGACGCACCAUGUGUUUUUUGAUAAUACAUAUAUGCAAAUAUUGAGUCAUACCCUUUGUGUGUGUGACAUGCUCUUUAAUACGCAUGUAUUACAUGCCUCAGAUAACAUACGAUAAUACUUCAGGAAAAUAUUAAAUGGUUGUUUAUCCACAUUUGUGUACGUUUUCCAUGCAGUUUUGUCACGUGCUUUUGUCAUGUUUUUUGUAUUAUAUACAUCAUUUCAGCAUCAUUAAAACAUGAUGGCCUGGAUGAUUGCAUUGAAAUACGUGAUAUUAAAUAGUUUCAGAUUCAAAUUAAAUAAACCUGCAUAAAACGGCUUUCGCCUAAAAGGGGACAGGCCUCUUUAAACUGAUUUAAGCAUGAGCGCAAGUAAGUACUUGCUUGAGAUGUUUGCUUAUGUGAUGCGUAACUAAUUUCUUUUGAUCUUUCGAAUGACUGUCGUGAAAAACAACCUGGAGUAUCAAGAAAUAUUAUUAUCUUUUUUGAUAUUGAAGGUUUGCAAUACUUUCCCUUAUAAACCUAGGCCUAGUUAAUAUGCAUCGACGCUACUAUGUGUUAUAGCUAUUUACAGUGUUUUUUUAAUGAAUAUGAGUAGGCCUACUUUUUUUUUAAUGAAUGUAAAAAAAAUGUUAUGGAACGUUUGCAGUUAACAACCAUUUUGGUUAAAAUACACAUUGUUCAAUGUUAUAAUCUACUUACAACUGCAAACAAGUGCACAGUACUACUCCGGGAAUAAAAUCGAAACUUAUGUAUAUGGGCAGGAUCCCGAUUAACAAUUUUGAUCUAUUCUUCAUUUUGUGUGUGUUAAAGCAAAAAAAGUUUCAAUACUUUCUCUCUCUCUGCUCAGCUAAUAAGAGAAAGUAGGAACAGAGACAGGAGUGGCCAUGAAGGACUUUCCUAAUAUUGUGGAAGGAAUCAAAAAUGAAUAAAGAGAUAGUGCUUUGAAAGCAUUUGAAUGCCAUGACAACUAGGGACAACCUCAGAUUUAUUCCAAACAGUUAGAACACAUUGUGCAAGAGCGUCAAUCAUCUAUUAUGUAGCUCCUGAAAUAAAUGCAAAAACUGAGGCCGGACAAAGGCUUCCAAAAAGAGCCGGACAUUUGUCUACAUCUCUGCCAUUGUCCGCAGCUUAGCAAUCGGUUUGUAUUUGUGUUUGCCUGGGUCCGACCACCCAGGAUGCGCAAAAGACUUGCUGAAAACGUGAAACAUUGUCACCCACAUCACAUACUAGGCAGAGAAGCAAUGAGAAAAACUCAACGAAACGGAAACACAAAUCAGGAAAGACAAGCAAAGUUUUCAAAAAAUAAAAAUCAGGUAUGUUCCAGAUAGGAGCAUGUUAGGUAGUACUAUAAAACCAGCAAUUAAACACAAAUGAUUCUUGUUCUUUAAUCUAGAUACAAAUACAAAUCGUUUUUGAACAAAAACAUCUGUUAUAUGAACAAAUAUAAAAAUCAAGAAAAACAGAAUAAAAUUCAUUGUGUAUUCAGGGACCUUGACUUAUUAAGAACUCAAUCGAAUAAAGGUCAACUGUAAUUUUACCUCCAAACGGCAGAUCUCUUUAUAUUCGCAGAUGUAUUAUUUAUUAAAGGUUAGAUAUACAAUCAUGACCAUGGUACUGUGUUGAACACGGCUUACCAGCAACAAUAACGAUGAAAACAGCGGCAACAACAACAGUGAUAAUAAUAAUAACGCCAGUAAUAAUAACAAUACUAAUUACUAUUAUUAGUAUUAUUAUUAUUAGUAUUAUGCAAUAUGGUUGAAUCACGUAGGCUACAUGUGGUUUAAUAUUUCAUUUAUUGUACAUCAGACAUGAUAAUUUGCAUGGGCCUAUCAGAAUGUACACGUAUGUACAGGUGCGAAACUGAUUUAUUGAUAAUGCGCUUAGCAAGACUGUGGAUUAAUGCUCUUAAGCCAGCACUUAGAUUAAAAUAUUGACUCUAACAUACUCGCUCCGAUUUCCUCCACCUUCAUCGAUGUUCUUUUACUGUUUGUUUACUUUAUACUUGGAUGUACUUCUUAAAACAAUCUGCCAGCUGUUCUCAGCUCAGUGCUUACAUUAAAUUUAUUUGUAUGUAAAUGCUGGAAGAACACGUCACUCCCCAUAUUUACAUUUAAUUGACGUUUUAUGCCACCCAUCAAAUUCAGAACUACCAAUAGCAAUAGUUUCGAAUCAGAAUAAAACCUACAAUUUCACAUCAGCAAACACUGUCUUCAUCCACUUGACUCCGAAGACCCGCCCACGCGUGGUCAGGAUUUUUUUUGCUUUUUGUGUGUUUUUUUCCACUGCAGGUUCAUAUGUGGAGAAAAACCUUAUAUGGACUGAUCAGCCCGGUAGAGCCUUGUUUCUACUUGGCAAGCGCCAGCAGUAGAGCUCCCAUUCACAUCGCUAACACUCCCGCAGGACGUACAGGGCUGAUUCCUUCACUGCUCUAUUAGCUAAAUGGCCAGUGGUCAAAUGGUCAUUCGCCUCAACGGUCGCUAAAUCGGUGUCUGUAGUUUUUCAGUCCCAUUCACCUCAGAUUUAAUUCCCCUUUCUUAUGCUCUGCAAAUUUCGGAUUAUCAAACCGCUUGUGCAUCUCGAUAUAUUUCCGCAAAAAUGUCGUUGACAAACACAAAGACUGGCUUUUCUGUGAAGGACAUACUGGACCUUCCCGAUACGAAUGAUGAGGAAGGAUCUAUCGCGGAAGAUGCAGAGGAAGAUACGGAGGAAUCUGAAGUAACAGAGACCACUGGAGUCCUGCUUAAAAGUCCCAUGGAGAAUGUUAAAAAUCUGUCUAUAAAGAGCCACUUUCACAGUCAUAGCGAUAACUGUUACACAAGAUGGCUUGCCACUACGGAUGCAAUUCAUUACUCAUUGCAUGGUCUGACAGCCAGUUCUCAUCGGGACUUAUCUGACAAGGAACCUUCCGCUGACGAAUCGCAAGACAACGACAAAGAAACUUCAAACAUCAGUGGUGACUCCGGCAAGAAGAGAAAGAGAAGAGUUUUAUUUUCCAAGGCGCAGACAUAUGAACUAGAGCGGCGAUUCAGGCAACAGCGAUAUCUUUCAGCGCCCGAAAGAGAACAUCUUGCUAGUUUAAUCCGCCUGACUCCAACACAAGUGAAAAUCUGGUUCCAGAAUCAUCGAUACAAAAUGAAAAGAGCUCGGACUGAAAAAGGUAUGGAAGUGGGCCAUCUCCCCUCCCCAAGGCGUAUAGCUGUACCUGUUUUAGUGAGGGACGGCAAGCCUUGCCAAACUCUUAAACCUCAGGAUUUCGCGGCUACUCUUCACGCUGGGAUCACUUUGUCGGCAUACAGUGCACAGUCCCUGCAGCAUAUGCAAUAUACAGCUCACUAUAGCUCUGCCGCCAUAUCACCAUUUCCUACAGCGCAUCAACUGGCGCAAACACAGCAGUGGACUUGGUGAACCACUGAUGCUUCAUCUCAGCUUUACAAGGUGGAAACAAAGACUGCAUUUUUGAACUUUUAACCUCUAUUUCCUAUUUUGGAGACUAUAUGAUCGCCCAGUUUUACAUCACAAAGAAUGGGUUUACAUAAACGAAUGUCAUUGCUCGUAUUAUCAUUUUAUAUAGUAAAUUUAUGUGUUGUAUGCAAGUUUGCUAUUUGCGUGACUCGUGUAUUCAGCACGUGUACCACUUUAAAUUAAUCAACAUUUUGUAAAGAAACACUUGAGCUCCUUUGUAUUAAAUCUACGUAUUUAUGGUUAUGGAUGAUCCUGCGAUUUUUAAAGUUCGUUUAGUUAAUUUUCUUUUUGUGAGGAUAUUAAUGGUAUUUGGUUUUCAAAUUGGGCUUUUCAUUAAGCUCAAUAAGACAGACACAUUUUGGAAAAAAAAUAUGGCAAGCAGUUUCUGGAUAUAAAGGUGUGUAUUUUAUAGUUAAAGUUGGCAUUGACUAAUAAACUCACAGUUUUUAU